GCUCUUCUCCGCGCCCUGGGGUACCAUGUUCCGCGGUGCGCUGCAGCUGGGCCUCUCCCGUGGAUUGCUGAGCCGGGGCCUGCGCACGCGCAGUAGGGGCCCCUUCGAUGACAGAGAUGGGAAAUGGGCAGAGUUUAAGAAAAAAGCUCAGGCAGCCUGGCCUGGAGGAUCCUGGGAGCCUUUUUCUGACACAAGCCACCUGCCCCCAGAACAUGCAGAUGUGGUGAUUAUAGGGGGCGGUGUGAUCGGCUGGUCUGUGGCUUAUUGGCUGAAGCGGCUGGAGGCAAGGAGAAAUGCCAUACGGGUACUGGUGGUGGAACGAGACCCCACGUACUCUAGGGCCUCCACCGUGCUUUCCAUUGGAGGCAUUCGGCAGCAGUUCUCAGUCCCUCAGAACAUCCAGCUAUCUCUCUUCUCCAUUGAAUUCCUCCGUAACAUCAAUGAAUACCUAGCUGUGCCUGAUGAGCCUCCCUUAGAUAUCCAGUUCAAUCCUUCAGGCUACCUUCUGCUGGCUUCAGAAGAAAAUGCCUCUGUGAUGGAGCACAAUGUAAAAGUGCAGAGACAAGAAGGAGCCAAAGUUUCCCUGCUAUCCCCCGAGCAACUUAAAAACAAAUUUCCCUGGAUCAACACAGACGGUGUGGCUUUGGCAUCUUAUGGGCUAGAGAAUGAAGGCUGGUUUGAUCCAUGGUGCCUGCUUCAAGGACUUCGACGAAAGGCUCUUUCUAUGGGGGUCUAUUUCAGCCAGGGGGAGGUCACAGAGUUAGUCUCUUCAGUAAGACCCAUGGUGACUUCCAGAGGGGAGCAAGUAAACAUUAAAAGGAUUUAUGAGGUCCAUGUGAAGAUGAACAACAGCCUGGAGUACCAGCCUGUGGAGUGUGCUAUAGUGAUCAAUGCUGCGGGGGCCUGGUCUGGGCAGUUGUCUGAGCUGGCUGGCAUUGGCAUUGGACCCCCAGGCAGUUUGCAAGGAACCAGACUUCCCGUGGAGCCAAGGAAAAGGUAUGUGUAUGUUUGGCAUUGCCCUCAGGGGCCUGGCUUGGAGGCGCCAUUAAUUACAGACACCAGUGGAACCUAUUUUAGACGGGAAGGACUAGGUGGCUACUACUUAGGUGGCUGUAGCCCCACUGAGGAAGAGGAACCAGAUAAUGGAGAUCUAGAAGUCAGUCAUGACUUCUUUCAGGAAAAAGUGUGGCCCCAUCUGGCCCAGAGGGUUCCAGCUUUCAAUACCCUGAAGGUGCGGAGCGCCUGGGCUGGCUACUACGAUUACAACACGUUUGACCAGAAUGGCAUCGUGGGACCCCACCCGCUGGUGUCCAACAUGUACUUUGCCACGGGCUUCAGUGGCCAUGGGCUACAACACGCCCCUGGUGUGGGACGGGCUGUGGCAGAAAUACUGUUGAGUGGGCAGUUUAACACUAUCGACCUGAACCCGUUCUCCUUCAACCGAUUCUACCUGGGGGAAAAGGUGCUGGAGAACAAUAUCAUCUAAGCUGGUCUGGCUGCCUCUUUGUCUAUGAUGGAAAAGCGACCAAGAGCAAUAUUCUCAGGACAUCAGGGACCAGCAUGCAAGACUUCUGUAGUACCCAAGCCCCUUGUCUUUUUACCUCAGAACUUGUGCCACCCAGGCACUGGAAGGACAGAGAUAACUGAGGCUGGUUCUGGGGACUGCUUCCUGAUCACAACAGGGAACCAGAUUAGUCACAGUACAUUAAGAGUGAUGAAGAAUACUUCAGUGCUGCAGUGCCCAGUGCCUGUCCAAGGAGUGUCUGAGCAUUCUGGGACAGACUGAGCCGAAACUUUUUGACAUUGUUCUUUAUCUUUUUCACCAAGCAAUAAACCCAAUUAACUCCUUCCCCACCAA